AUGGAAGGAGAAUGUUCCGAUUUUCAGAUUGAGGUAAAAGGUGGAAAGUUUCAUUACAGUGAGCGCAUGGAAUGCGGUAUGAUGGAAGUGCAUAAACUCACCGUUCAGACACGCUAUUCUGAAGAGAAACUUGAUGAUUCGAAUGAAAGGAAAAGGCGGAGGAAGAAGCGCGAGGAGCGAGGCGUGGAGCGGAAGCGCCAGGACACGGAGCGUGCCCUCCUCGAUUCCGAGAGCCCCGACUCCUCACCGAGCCAAACGCGUAAAGAGAGAGACGGCUUCACGUAUACGUCGACUUUGGAGCAACGGAUGAAGUUCCCCUCACAGCCGCACGUGACCGCCAUCGAAAAGGCGUGGUCGAAACUGUUGGAGUUCAUGGACGUGGUGAACGUGGAAAACCGUCUGAUCGAGAAGGGCGUGCUGACGCUGCCUGAGCGGGAGAGACUCAGCGCGGAGCGCGAUCUUCAGAAGCGGAGGAGUCGAUUGCUUCACAUCAUCGAGAAGCGAGAUUCCGGGGACUUUCAACACUUUCUGACGGCUCUCGGCGAGGCUAAGCAGCCUCACCUGGAAAAUAAUCUAAAGGAGAAUUACAAUCCGGACUUAGUCCACUACGGCAACUCUUUGGAAAGCCAUGUUCGAACUGACCUCCGAGCGGCUCAAGUGCAGGCGACCACGCACUGGAAUCCCUUCGCGCUCAGAGAGCGACUGAAGAAGGCGAUGGAGAGCCACGUUCCCACGUUCACCCCGGAUUGGAGCUCCGUCGAAUUCCCGCACACCCUAGGAAAUGGGUCGGACUUCAGUUAUGGGAAACGUUAUCGACCCUCUCUGUGUCCA